GUAAUUUCGGUUUUGACUGCGUAACCAACGAAUUGUCGAGUACCAAUUAAAAUAGAACCGGCCAACCUCUUUUUCCUCGUCUCUCUCUCGGAAAAUCAUUUUUGUUGACUGAUUUCUUCACUUCCACCAUUUCCUCCUAAUGAGAGAGAAACUGUGUAUCGUUCCUAGGAAGCGAAAUACAGCCAAAGUCGAAUCGAAUCCAUAUUUUGAUUCGUCACUUGAGAAGAAUUUCGUUCAUGGUUUAUCAUUUGUUUCCAAGGUCCGAUUCAGCUCGAGCGGUCACUGAUUCAACUCGCUUAGCUUCUGAUUUGAUACCCGAUUUCGGAGGUUAAAGUUGUGUUCCCUGUUCGGGUUUGGGUUUCGGUUUUCUAGCGCAAUGGAGACUCCACCUACGAAAGAACUACUGAAGAAGAUACUAGAGCUAGAGGAAAGCCAGGAGCAACUAAAGCAGGAGAUGUCGAGGCUCAAGGUGUCGACGGAGCUUAGUCAGCAAUCGCUUUCGGUGUCGCCGUAUCGUCCGGAGAGGAGAAACAUCGGCGAGGGAGCUCCCGCGUGCAGGAGGAGCGGUGCCGCCUCGUUUCGUCACGCUUCGCCGUUGCGGAAGCAGAGCCGUAUCCAGGAAGGUGGACCAUCGACCGGGAAGUUCACGGAUAAACAGUAUUUGAAUAUUUUGCAGUCGAUGGCACAGUCUGUUCAUGUCUUGGAUCUAAAUAUGCGAAUAAUCUUUUGGAAUGCCAUGUCGGAAAAGCUUUAUGGGUACACUGCUGAAGAAGUGGUUGGGCAGAACUCAAUUAAUGUUAUGGUAGAUGAUCGGGAUGCUGCCUUUGCCAUGAAUGUUGCUCAACGUUGUGUCAAUGGAGAGAGCUGGACUGGCGAGUUUCCUGUCAAGAACAGAUCAGGGCAAAUCAUUUUAGCUAUCACUACGUGUUCCCCAUUCUAUGAUGAUGACGGUUCUCUGGUUGGGAUCAUUUCUAUCACGACUGACGCAGCACCGUUUCUGCACUCGAGGAUCUCUUUGGCUGAAUUAAAGGCGUAUGAAGGUGAAACGACCUCUAUCCCUGCACGGAAUAGUUUUGCCUCCAAACUUGGCCUUGCCUCUGAUCAGCCGAUACAAGUUGCUCUAGCAUCAAAGAUAUCAGAUUUGGCAUCCAAGGUGAGCAACAAGGUUAGGUCGAAAGUGCGAGCUGGUGAUAGUAGUGUCGCACCGUCUGAGGGUAGCAAAGGGGACAGUCUUCAUUCUGAUCACAGGGAUGAUGCAGCAGCCAGUGGUGCCAGCACACCAAAAGGGGGUUUUAUUUAUUCUCCUUUUGGUGUAUUCACAUGUUACGAUGAGAAGUUUCCUUUCGAAACUUACAAAGAUUCCAGCGAUGAUAAUGAUGGAAAUCCUGCUAUCCGUAAGACUCACACCUCAAAAGCUGAAGAAUGGAUGGUAAAGAAAGGUCUGGCAUGGCCAUGGAAAGGGAAUGAGCCGGAAGUUUCAGAGGUAAGGCCUACUCAUUCAGUAUGGCCUUGGGUACAGAAUGAACAAGAGAAAGAUAAGUCUCACCAGAUUAAUCCCUCUUGUGGCGUUAAGUCUGAAAGCCAUUCCUCUGAAAGUAAUAAGCCCACCAAUAACGAGGCGUCUAUUCUUUGGUCUUCCUCUAUAAAUGCAAACAGCACAAACAGCACUAAUAGCUGCGGAAGUACCAGCAGCAGUGUCAUGAACAAGGUUGAUACAGAUAGCGAUUGCUUGGAAUAUGAAAUUUUAUGGGAUGAUUUGAUAAUCGGACAAGAAAUCGGACAAGGUUCAUGUGGAACUGUCUAUCACGGUCUUUGGUUUGGAUCAGAUGUAGCCGUAAAAGUGUUCUCCAAACAAGAAUAUUCAAAAGAGGUCAUGCAAUCUUUUAGACAAGAGGUAUCGUUGAUGAAAAGACUGAGACAUCCUAAUAUUCUACUGUUUAUGGGAGCUGUGACUUCACCUCCACGCCUCUGUAUAGUAUCAGAGUUCCUUCCACGUGGAAGUCUCUUCCAUCUACUACGGAAGAGCAGGUCAAAACUGGAUUGGAGGCGGCGUAUCCAUAUGGCCUUGGACAUUGCUCACGGUAUGAAUUAUCUUCAUUCUUGUAUUCCACCUAUCGUCCAUCGUGAUCUGAAGUCUGCAAAUCUGCUGGUAGACAGAAACUGGACCGUUAAGGUAGCUGACUUUGGUCUUUCGCGUAUCAAACAUGAAACAUACCUAACCACCAAGUCCGGGAAGGGAACGCCUCAAUGGAUGGCGCCAGAAGUUCUUCGAAAUGAGUCUGCUGAUGAGAAGUCUGAUAUUUACAGCUUUGGAGUAGUACUCUGGGAGCUUGUCACCGAGAAGAUUCCAUGGGAAACUCUCAACUCUAUGCAGGUGAUCGGAGCUGUUGGGUUCAUGAACCAGAGGUUGGAAAUUCCGAAGGACAUUGAUCCAUGUUGGAUCUCAUUAAUGGAGAGCUGCUGGCACAGCGAUACAAAGCUGAGACCCACAUUCCAAGAACUGAUGGGGACACUAAGAGACCUGCUAAGAAAGUAUUCAGUCCAGUUCCAAGGGACUCGUGCUGGGUUACUUGACAACCCUCUCCUCGAGGACAACUAAACAAAAACAAAAGCUGACACUUUUCUCUUAUGCCUUUUUGUUCCUCAACGCACCGCUUCAAGAUGUUCAUAAAAGCAAAGAGAGAUAGUGAAUUGGUCUAGUUUGAGCAGCAACAAUGGGUGGGACCAUGCUGGUCUGGUGUGCCAAUAUCUUCCGUCAAUGAACAAGGUUAUGGCGUCGGCUUUGUGAUUAUCUCCUGUGGUUCAAACGCAGUCUUCCCCGGAUGAUGAGCAGAGACAAAAGAAUAGAGCUGCUUCAGAAAUUCGCACGGUCUAACUUCCCUUCGGUGAAGUACAUGGAAUACGCAGUCCAAGUAGAGACAUACACUCUCUAAAGCCAACAACCUCGUACUCAACGUCGACGGAGCCAUCGGAUCUCUCUUCUUGGACCUUCUCGCUGGAAGUGGAAUGUUUCAGAAUAAUAAACGCAGAAUAAUAUUCAGGUUCUGGAGGAAUGCGUGUGGCUGUUGAAGGACCUGAGUCUCCUUUAUUUGCUCUGGAAGUAUGUGGGAAACCGAUCUUCUUUUUGUGGUUAUGCUUGGGGCAUUUUUGGGUUUCUGUGGUGAUGAUCCUUUUAUAGCUUUGCAACAGAUAGACGCAGAGAAGGCUAGGGAAGAGUUUUGUAGUGGGAUGAAAGAUUUAAAAUUAGAGGUGUCCCUGACUGGUUUGACAUUGAUGGAGGCUCCGCUGGUUGGUAUGGAGAUCAGAGGUUGGAAUUGUCCUUGGAUGAACCAACCCUCUGAUGCAGUCAGAGACUUUAAUGGGUUUGGUCUUCCGGUAAAACUGGAGAAAAUUGACGAGUUUAUCCACUCACUAUUUUUGAGUCUUAGAGGAAGAACAUAGAAAGACAAUUUUUAGGAUCUUUGAUAUUUGGUACUCCUUAUAAAAAUGUUCACUUUUAACUUUGGUGCUUAAAACAAAAAAAAUAUUGCAAUUCUUCCUCUCUAUUAUCAACACUCAUAUAUGCAAAUACUGAUUCUCGCUAACAACUCU